CUCGGUGGGUCCGCCUCUCACCUCCGACUAAAUUCUGCCGUCCUCGUCUCGAAACGUCCAAGUGGAUGAGGAAAAAGGAAAGGAGGGGGAGAAGGACAAACUGCUCGAACUGAGAAGAAAAAGUCAGCGACAAUUAAAUAUUAACACGAACAGCGGCGGAAAGUGAUUGCGGUGGGACUCGGCAGCUUUGAAGUCCGCGGUGUGUUUUUAUGGUUGUGGACGCGUUAGUGUAGUUGUGACAUUGCAGAGGGAAAAGGUCUCCUCCCAGUCUGUUGACGGAUACAGUUUGGCUUCAGUCAGCGGACACACGGCGAGACCUGAGUGUACAUUAACCCGGCCAGUGUUGUAUUGCCCAGGAUGUCCUCAAAGGCCCACAGUUCCAAUAACAUCGCUCAUGCCCGACGAACGGUGCAGCAGCUUAGGAUAGAGGCGAGCAUCGAGAGGAUAAAGGUGUCCAAGGCCUCUGCAGACCUUAUGAACUACUGCAGCGAACACGCCAGAGAAGAUCCUCUCCUUAUGGGCAUCCCCGCUUCAGACAAUCCCUUCAAGGACAAAAAACCCUGCACUAUAUUGUAGUGGAUACCACUUAGCCUUUAUGUGUUUAUUUUUGCUUAUUAAUGUUGCUGUAUUCUCUUUUCGUUGGGAGGAGUAAAAGGUGGACUGUGAUCAUAUCAUUACCAUGUGUUCACCUGUUCUGUUAACAAUUCCACAAUUCAACCACAUUUUCUGAAAAGCAGCAGUUUGUAAUGAGUAAAAACACAGCAUCUGUGGCCGACCCGCUGUAUUCUGUGAAACCAUCUUCAUCUUUAGCGGCGCCACUGUUCAAUAUGAACUCUGACCACUAAUAAGACUUUGGCUGCAUGAGUUGAAAUGUUCAAUUAUGAUCCUUAAGUAUUAACAGGGGAUGAUGUUGUCUGAAUAUUUGGUGAUUUUGAUUCCUUAAAGGUGUGUGGUUUCAUCUCCACUGGGCAGUUGACUGUUAUUUACACUGUGUAAAGUCAUACAGCCAAAGUUUCCCUUCACUCACAUGGCCUCAGACUCCCAUUUCCACCAGUAUUUUAUCAUUUCUGUCCUGUUUAGAUCACUGGUUAUUUUUUUUCACUUUGGGCCUGCAGUCAAACAGAACAAUAAUACGUAUUUAUCAUUGAACCGGGCAGUAACGUCUCUAUUAUUGGUGUUAAAGUCGCAGUAUUCUGCAUCACACCUGCUGGCUCACGACAAUCCACAUCCCACUUUAACCACUGUUUUCCUGUCUGGUAUUUAUAAUGUGAUUACAGUUUCUCAGAGUUGUCUUUAGCUGAUUUCACCACGACGUCAUCAUGUUGAGAUCAGUUCUAUCUAAACUAAAUCAUCUCGUCUUAAAUUUAAGCCGUUGGGAUAAGAUGAGCCCAGUGUUUGGAUGCUUUUGAUGUGUGUUCUUUAAAGGUGGAAUAAGCGAUUCUAAUCCAGUAGCCUUUUUUGCUAGCUUUCAGUUCUGUGUGUGCUGGGAAAAAACAGUUUUUGUAAUCAGCCCUGCCUCUGUAAAUGGGGAAAAACCGAUCUGCAACACACUAUUAGAGUUAGAAUGUAGAGGAAGAAGCACAGAGUUGCAAUCUCAGACAUUUUCUUGCUGGAUUUGAUGAUUGUUUUUUUUAGGUCACAGGUGUCAAACAUGCAGCUAGGGGGCCAAAUCCGGGGGCCAAAGGGUCCAAUCUGGCCCAUAGGAUGAAUUUGUGAAAUGCAAAAAUUACACUAACGAUAUUAACAAUCAGUAGUGUAAAAAUCAUUUUAUUUCAGGUUCCAUACAGACACAUAUAAAUCAGUUACAUCUCAGUUCAGUCAGACCAGAAAAACACUAUCAUAAUAACCUAUAAAUAAUGACAAAUGACAACUACUUAUCUUUUUUAGUGUAAAAAAAAAAAAA